CAUCUAAAGCAUCAAAGAAUUUAUGGACUAUAAAUUAGUGAUCAAACGAUCUUUUGAUUCACAAAGUAAAAUCAAAACAAGCUUUUGGUGCAAACGUUUCACAAAACCAAACAGGAGAGAGAGAGAAAAACAAACAACAUGAAGGCCUCCGCUUUCUUCAUUGCUGUUUUGCUUAUUGUAUCAUGUUCAUCAUCAGUGAUAAUGGGAGUCGACUAUCAUGAGGACCAUUGCCACGACUUUAAGGAUUGUUUUAUAUAUUGCAAACGAUAUGUACCUGAACCAAGAUGUAUUAAGCAUAUUUGCGAUUGUACUAUAAAAUCUCUUUCUACCAACGACGAGAUGCCUACAUCGGCUUCUUCGUCUCAUCUGAAUAAGUAAAAUAUGAUUGUGAUUCUAUUAUAUAUAUGUAUCCUGUAUCCAUGAAAUAUUCUCAAAUUAAAACUGUAAUCUGUUAUAAUUCAUUAAUAAAGUAAUACGUUUUA